AAAUGCCCCAGAAGAAGAUCUGGAGCUGUUGAUACUGUUCAAAGGCAAGUUGCUGCUUUGGAAAAGACGGUCCAGACCUUACAAGCUGAACUUAGCAGAAGCAGAAAGAUCUUCACCAUGAUGGGGGUGACCACUGUUGGAGGGAAAACCUUCGUUUCAACUGGUUGGAGCGACACUUUCGGAAAUGGGAGAAUUUUCUGCAACAGCGCUGGUGGAGCCCUUGCUGCUCCAAAAAGUGCUGCCGAGAACGCAGCGUUGACAGCGAUGGUCAAGAGGAAUGACAAGCACAUUAUCCUGAGUAUAAAUGACCUCCAGACGGAGGGCAGGUUUGUGUAUUUGAACGGAGAAACCCUGAGGUACACCAACUGGAAAUCUGAAGAACCUAAUGAUUUGAAGGGUGAAGACUGUGUGGUACUACAAGUAGAUGGUUUAUGGAAUGACAUCUCCUGUAACCAUAAAGCACUCAUCAUUUGUGAAUUUUGAUCUCUUUACAAUGUUGCAGUUCAUACUCCCCUAGGCAUCCAUGUGAAGGGGGCAAAUGAUGUCACAUGUUUCAUGACAUCAUGCAAUACUUGCUGCUCUCUGUGCUGGGACACCCUGAUGCAUGUGACAUCUUUGUGGCUUGUUGUAGAUGCCUAUCCAUGUUCUAGGAGUUGAUACGAUAACUGUGUCAGUGCAUCAAUUUUGCUUUCCAGGCUGAACAUAUAAUUGUUAAGAGUGCUAAAAAAGAGCACAGCAGAGAUAUUGUCUCUGGUUUUCUCCAUACAUGUUUUGUCCCACAGUAUUUUUAAAAUUAUAAUUACUGUAUUAAAAAAAAAAAAAAGGA